GGUGCUUUCUCCAACCCGGGCUGCAGGCCUUACGACCUAGUGGCCGUCCCCAAGCAUCUGGUCAACCCCCAGCACUACGUCUUCUCGCCCUUUGGGGUGCUCUGUGUGCAUCCUGAGGAGGGCUCCGAGGCUCUUUCCCUGGGCGACUGGCAUCGGGAGGCCAUGCUGUGGCAGCUGAUGCAGUGCAUUCCCUUCUUCCGACUUUUCUUGGUCCACAAAGCCUUCACUCGGUGGUGCUUUAACGUCAAGCAUUUGCAAUAUUUGAAGCGCCGAGAGAAGCUGAGCGUGCAGUUGCUUCAAGCGGUGCCUCAUUUUGGAGCAGCUCUUCUUCACAUAUUCAGACUCUUACAGGAGCUGGAAGCCGUUCACUGGCUGCCGAUAGACAGCUGCAAAUGUUACAACUUCCUUGAACUACGACGGGUCCUGGCCCAAGAGAACAGCAAUGCAGAAGGGCUCCUGCGCAGGUUCCUGUCCCUCUGCUGCUCCAUCCUGGAGCUGGUGCGGGAUGACACCUACAAGAUGGUCCAGAGGCUGCAAGCAGAGGUGCAAGGCUGCAGGUUGUGCAUCGCAAAAGAGUCUCUGUACCAGCAGCGGAUGCAGUAUGAGAGGCUGCGGCACCGCUUGCGAGUGGCUGAAUCCUGGCUGCAGAGACUGGGGGCCCUGGCCCUGCUGGUGAACUUCCUCAUUUGCCAGGCCCUUGUCUCUGUGAUGCAUGAAGAAGUCACCAACUUCGUCAAUCACACCAUGCAGGCUGAUGGCUCUGUUCGGAAAGCGGUCCUUCGGGUGCAGCUGGUGUUCAGUGUGGACAAUGCGCUUGUGCUGUUUCCAUCCAGUGGGGAGCUAGAAGACUGCCUCCUGGGAGCUUUGCGUACCGUGGUGGAGUCAGUCCUGGAGACGACGCGGGUUAAAAGUGAGAAGGCGGAAGCUCAAGCGUGCCCCAGAACCCGGACGUGGGAAGUAGAGCAACCUCCGUCCCAACCAGGCGCCGCCAACGUGGCCGGCACAGCUGAUGCCGGCGAUCAGAUCUCCAAGUUGCAUGAGCAGCUCCACCAGUUGUCCGUGAUGGUGCUGUGUGGUGACAAAGCUCAGCUGGUGCAUCAGUUGGACCUGAAGGCAUUUAGUGGACUGCGGGUGGUGGGUCACCGGCUGCGGGGCGAGUACCCCUUGCUGUCUCGCGAGCAGCUGGAGAAGGACCUGCAAUCAGACAGCAUCAUCCAACAGGCUAUGGCCAAACAGCGCGAACUCUUCACGGCUGCGCUGACAGAGACGCAGCUGCUCUGCCGCGAGUACGCCUGGCUGAGUCAGAUCUACCAGUACGUGCACAGCUGGAGCUCCUCUCAGCUGGAGAACAUGAAGGGCUGGCCGGCGGAAGAGUAUGUAAAUCAGAUCCUCAAGUUGCGCACGUGGGUGGUCCAGGUCCAGAAGGUGCCCCAUGUUGUCAUCACACACAACCGCCUCUUCUUAGUGGACUGCAGCGGUAUUCAUCAGGAUAUCCUGCCCCUGCUGGCGUCCAUUGAUGAAGAUAUCCUGACCCUCCUGCUGAUCGAGACCACAAAACGCAGCGAGCAGUUCAUUGCAGAGCUGGCCGCUGUCCUGCAGCUGUAUGUGAAUGUUGGCACUGACAUCUUUACCAUUGCUAAGUGCUCGCAGAAGCUGGAGCAGUACCAGGGCCAGAUGACUGAGCUGCAGGAAUAUGUGGACUAUGUGCGCUCCCUCAAUGAGGUUGUACAGCAGUGCUUUCGCCCUCUUAGCCCUAGCGAAGAAAGUCUGGAAAACAUGCUCUCGGACACCUGGGACGCGUUCAUGUACCAGCAGCGGGAGGUCUCCGACUUCAUCGUCUCACGGCGCCUCAGCAUCAUUGCUGAGCUCAGCAGCUCCCUCCAGAAAGCCACUCGGGAACUCCAGGAGCUGCUGGCCAUGGUUACCGUGGGUCGCUUUCAGGACCCAGCCCAGAACCCCCGUGCCAUGGAAGAUGAGCUGAACCAGCUCCUCCGGCGCUUCCAAACCGUGGUGGCGCGGGUUACCGACCUCUGCCACUCCCAGCGGAUCCUGACAGGGGAAUGCAUGGAUGUCUCUUUCAUCACCGGAAAGCAGGAGAUCAUCAAGAUUCACACCCGGGUCUGGCGGCUUUUCCGCAUUGUUUCUGAACAGAUCAAGGAGUGGAAGUGUUUGGCGUUUGUCAAGUUCAAUGCCCCUCUGGCCCUGGAGAAGACAGAGGAGUGGCAGAAGGAGGGGAUCAGCAUGGAGCCCUCCCUGCCCAGCAACCACCGUGUCCUUCAAGCCUGCCUGUGCGCCAUUGCCAACUUCCAGAAGUACCUGCCCUUGCUCCUGAAGCUCGGUAGCCACUUUCUGAAGCUCAGCUGCUGGAAAGAGAUCUUUGCUGUGAUGGGUGUCAAGUGUCCUUUGAAUAUGCAGUUCACACUGGGCCAGCUCCUCUCUUACCCACUGCUGGAACACAGUGAUGCCAUCUUUAGAGUCUAUGCCUGGGAGAAGAGCCGCCACUGCGCCAGAGACACGCUCCAGCGCAUUCAGAGGGCCUGGGCAGAGAAGCAGUUCCGUCUCGUCAAUUUCAUUCUCAACGUGCCCUACCAGGAACCGCAGCCAGAACGCUUCCGGCGUCCAGCAAGCGGCCGCCAGCGUGCGGCCAAGCUCGAGUAUAUCUCCAAGGACAGCGGCACCUAUGUGCUGUCGGAUACCACUGAGCUGAAGGCCGUUGUGGAGCACAACAUCUUAACCCUCCAGAACGUGAUCCUGUCUCCCUUCUCUUCUGACAUCUUAGAAGAGGCUAAAAGCUGGGUGUCCACCUUGCGUACUUUUGAAUCCCUCCUUUACGCCUGGGUUAGUUUCCAACAGAAGUGGGUUUUCUUGAACAUAGUUCUCUAUGAGAUGAACAUUACCCUACCCAGUGCUGAACUGGAUUCCCGGUUCCAGCGAGUGGACGCCCACUUUCGAGAGGUUAUGCGACUGACCUGCAACGACCCCCUGGUGCUGUCCAGUGUCCAAUUAGGGGCAGGCUCAAGCCGGGACAGCCGCUUUGUGGGCAGCGCCUUACAGGCUGCUUUCGUCGACGGCUCUGGAGACCUGCAGAGCAUCAUCCGGGCCCUGGACUACGUGCUGGAGGCCACGCGGAUGGGCUUCCCCCGCCUGUUUUUCCUCAGCAACGAGGAGCUGGUAGCGAUGCUCUCCACUGCCUCUGAGGCUGCGGAUGCCUCGGCUUGGUCCCGGCGCUGCUUCCCUGGGGUGCGCCAGCUAGAACUGGUCCUGCCCCCAACUUCGCAGAACCGUGGCACCAUGUCCACCGAGCUCCCAGUGGUGCAGGUGACCGGCCUGCUGGGCAGUCACGGCGAGAAGCUGAAGCUGCGCAGCACGGUGUCCCUCAGCCGGAAGGCCACUCGGUGGCUCUGCAUCCUGGAGCAGCGCAUGAAGGAGUCUGUCUUCAACCAGGUGCAAGAGUGCGUGGCCCAGCGCCUGGCCCUGAGGCCACAGCUGGACCUGGCCUUUGAGCGGCGCCCCGGCCCUACAGAGUUGCCCCUCCACUUGGUGGCGGAGUGCUGGGCGGGGCUGGGCGGCGCCUUCCCGACUCAGUGCGUGCUGCUGGCCGAGGCGGCGCUGUGGCGCGUGGCCAUGGAGGAAGCCUUCUCGAACGCCUGGCUGCAGCGGAGGCUGGAGCUCAAGCUGAGCUUGAAGGUGGAGGCUGUGGCCCACUACAUCCGCAACUACCGCAGCAUCCAUGCCUGGAACCCUGAGCAGGAUCACCUGGGCAUGUUGCUGGGGGCGCUGAUGGUUGUCACCGUCCAGCAACGCGACUUCACGACCCAGUUGCUCAAGCACCAGGUGACCUCUGCGCAAUCCUUCGAGUGGGCCCGGCACCUCAAGUACAGCAUCAGCCUGCUGCCCGAGAAAGCCCAGGCAGCAGGGCUCCCUCCCAGCAGCCCCUGGGUGGGCAGUCCUCCUGGCUGCUGGGCUGAAGUCCUUGACAGACGGUUCCCUUAUGGCUAUGAGUUCCUGGGCACCAGCCAGCAGCUGCUGGGCAGCCCUUCGCUAGACGGGACCUUCCUGGGUUUGCUGCUGGCCUUGGAGGAGUUCUGCUGCGGGGGCCUGCUAGGCUGCCCAGAUGUGGGCAAGUCUCACACCGUGCAGGGUCUGGCACAGUUUCUUGGCCGCCACCUGGUCACUCUGCACUGCACCAUGCAGAUGUCUAUCAGAUGCCUCUCUCGGCACCUCUGUGGGGCUGUGCAGUCUGGGGCCCUGCUGCUGCUGGAGUCCGUCGAGCGACUGGAACCUGCCGUGCUCUCUGCCUUCGGCCAGUGCCUCAUCGACCUGCAGAGGAUGUGUCUGAAUUUGCAGGAGGGCAGGGGGACCAAGCCUGGCCGGUCCUCCACCGUCUUUCCCUCUGCCAGCCCAGGCUCAGAGAGCUCAGACAGCUCGGAGGAGGGCGAGGGGCAGCCUGCCCUGGCUUUGCCAGAGCUGGGCACUGAUGAGGCUGAGCCCUAUCAGCCACGGGUCCUGGGAAACGUUCUCUUUGGGGGGAAGCUGCUACGCGUGCGGGAGACUUACGGCUGCAUGGUCACCCUGGAGCAUCUUCCAGAGCCCCUGCGUUUGGCCGUGCGCCCCUUGGCUGUUCUGCCCCCUGACCUCACUAGGCUCGCGGAGGUCACGCUGCUUGCAGCUGGCUUCCGGGAGGCAGCACGCCUAGCAGAGAAACUCUGUGCUUUCCUAAAGUUGGAGAGGAUGCUAAAUCCUGGGCCCCACCUCAGCCGCCCCACCCUCAUCCAGAAUGUGAUUGCAAUGGCCAUAGACAUCUUGUUUACUCCCUUACCAGGGCAAGAUCUUUUGCCCGUCAAAGCCAGGCCCUCUCCUCGGACCGCCUUCUUCUUGGGUCUUGAAGAAGAGCCCGCCGUUGUGAAAGCUCUGUGCCUCUCGCCCUUGUUCAGUGGCCCUGAGGGUCCUCGGCUCCAGAACAUACGAGAGCUGCUCCACGAAAUCUUCCCUAGUGCCUUUUUGCCACCCUCCGAGCAGCUGCCCCAUCGGCUGCAGAGUGCUCUGGUGGGUCAGCUGCAGGAGGAUAAACUGCAGUCGGACCCAGAUCUCCUGCAGGCUGCUGGCCAGCUCUCCCAGGCUGUGCAGGGGGCCACCAGCAUCCUCCUCCUGGGGCCCUCAGGAAGUGGCAAGACCACGACCUGGCGAACCCUGGCUAAAGCCCAGAGUAGGCUGGCGGCCAGCGAUGCGACUCCUGGCAUGCAGAGUUCAGAGGCACACAAGAAGGUGGUCUUCCGACCCGUAAGUACUGUCUGCUUGUGGCCCAAUGCCCUGAGCCUGUCUGAGUUUGUGGGCAGCCUAGAGGACAGCAUAUGGCAAGAUGGGGUCUUCUCCCGGGUGCUGCAAAGGGCAGCCACCUCCGCUGUAGCUUGUGGGACAGGUAAGGGGAGCCCCCAGCAGUGGCUGGUGCUGGAUGGCGCUGCCUGCACAGAAUGGCUGGAGCCCAUCUCCUUACUCUUCAGCACCAGGCCUUUUCUCAGCCUGCCCAACGGGCAGAAGCUCCAGGCCCCUGAAAGCAUCCGAUUCCUCUUCGAGAUGCUGGAUGCCUCCGGACUGCCCCCCUCUGUCUGCACGCAUUGUGCCCUGCUGCACUUUGAGGGGUCCCGCCUCUGGCAGGUGCUGCUGUCCUCCGCGUUUGCCCCCGUGUACCGCAAAUACAGCCUCUCCCAGGACAGCCUGGCCGCGCUGCACAGCUUGGCCAGGGAGCUCUUCCCUGCCACGCUGGCGUUCCUGCAGCAGCACUGCUGUUCUGUCCUGCUGCCCCAUGCCCACCCCCGGAACCCCGUGGCCCAGGGCGUCCAGGAGACCACGGCCUUCGCCAGGAUCUUCCAUGCGCUGCUUGAGCACUACUUGCGCCGCGACAAGAACAAGCCCCUGCCUGCCGCCCAGGAGUCAGCAGAAACCAAGACCAGGACGCUUUCCACCUGGACGCCUCACAGCCUGGAUGAGACGAUCCCUGCCCAUCACCACCUGCUUGCCCAGAGCAUCUUUGUCUUUGCUUACAUUUGGGGCUUUGGGAGUCAUCUCCACACCAGGCACUGGCCUCUCUUUGACCAUUUUGUCCGCCAAGCCCUCCGGAACAGCAGCGCGUCCAUACAGCUCCCUUCCGCAGUUUCGGCUUUCGACCUUUGUCCUCUGGCCGAGGACGGCACUCUGAGGCCCUUUAAUGGCCGCUACCUCUCCAGUCACAUCAAGGCUGUUCCUGCGAGCUGCUCAGUCUUGCCGCAGUACGAGCGGGUGCUUUUUGUAUUGGACAUGCUACUGGGUACAGAACAUCCCGUCCUCCUGGUCGGGGAGCCGGGCUGUGGAAAGUCCACCUUUGCUGAGAUGCUCGUGCAGCCCAGCUACUUCUAUAAUCGGGUGCGCCUCACACCUGCGCUCAGUGCGGUUCACCUGCGUCAGCUGCUGCACAGGAGGUCUCUUAGCACCCUGCGAGAGAAGGGCCUUUUCCCCAUGGGUAAGCCCACCCGGAGCACGCUGAGCAAAGGACGCUUCCUCUUCCUGGUGGAAGAUUUGCACCUGGCUUUUGUUGACCCAGCCCGAGGCACCAGCCCUGUGAUUGAAUCUCUGCGCCAGACCCUCACCCUCCAGCAGUUCUAUCACGCAGAGACCUUGGAAUUGCAGCAAUGCCCAGCUGCGGGCUUCAACUGCUUCGGAACGCUUUCUGUCCCAAUAACCGGUGCCCUGCCUGUCUGCCCUCGCUUUGGAAGGCUUUUCAGCACGGUGGUGCUUCCGGCCAUGACCAGGGACUCUUUGCUCAGCAUGCACACCGGCACAGUCUUCACCUGGCUGGAGAAGUUUCCUCUGCUGAGCCGGCAUAACGACUUGGCCUCUGCGGUCGUCAGGGCCACCCUGGACACUUACGAAGCGGUGAGAGGCAAGUUCCAGCCCUCCCCGGCCUGCUGCCUGUUCCAGUUCUCCUUACACGACAUUGCCAAGGUGAUCAGGGGAAUGCUUCUGCUGCGGCCCCGUCCGGGGAUUCAUCUGAGCAGCCCCCUGGAAGAUCACAGCUACAAGGUGACGUUUGCCAGGCGCACCUCUGUCCUGGGAAGGCCGGCUGCGGGGACUGGAUACACCGCAGUCCUCAGUACCCGGCUGAUCGUUCGGCUUUGGAUGCAUGAGUGCAUGCGCACGUUCUGUGACCCACUGCGAGGAAAGCAUCAGCGUGAGCUCUGCGAGCAGAUGUUGAUGGAGAUCGCCACCGCUACGUUCUGUGCCAAGCGCUGUGUCCUGCGGGUUGUACCCUCCCUUGGCAUCCCUCUCCGGACACGCACUGCUAUUCAGUUUCCCGGCAUGUCCAGCUCCCGUGUCACCCCAGCCGCUGCGGGGGAGGAAGACUUCAGAGAAGAGGAUCUCCUGCUGACUCUGCAAGCCAAGCCCGGCUUCCCGUACAGCAGCAGCCUCGGCCAUCUGAACCCCUGGGAUUCUGUGGAGCAGUCUGCAGCCCUGGCGCUUGACCCACCAGCUCCCCCUCCUUGGGACGAUGCUGCCCUAGGAGAACUAGAAGAUGAGACCCCUGAAGUGGAGCUUGAAGAUGCGGAUGGGGGAAAGAAGCAAAGUUAUGCCUUUCCGGGGAAGUCUGACCAGCUGAAGGUGCCUGAGUCUCAUGCCACCCCCCACCGGUCUUUCCUCACACGCGUCAAGCGCCGUGCCUCUACCAAGAAGGAGAGCUCUGGCCCGCUGCUGCCGUCCCAUCUCCUCCUGCUGCAGGGCGAGUCCCCGGGAGAUAUCGUCUUCAGCAAGGACCUGGGCCCCGGCUGCUAUAGCCCCAGUGCUCACAACCCCUAUCAGGAGAAGCUCUGGAAAGUCUUAGAGAGUCAGCUGGGCUCCUGCCUGACCCCUGACUUUUUGUUGUGCUCAGAGGGACUGAAGCGCGUAGUACACCUGGCCCGUCUGCUCUGUGGCCCAGACAGACAUGGGGCCCUCAUCUCUUUUGUCCAGUGCACAGGCCGGCAGUCUCUCGUGGCCCUGGCUGCUCGUGCCACAGACUCUCUGCUCAUGAACCUGCCAGCAAAAGCUAACGAGACAGAGGCGCUGGCACUACUGAGGCUGGCAAGCUGGCACGCCGGAAUUAUGGGGAGGCGAGUGUUGCUGCUGGUGCACUCUGGAGUGAGCGUGGUCGUCCUACACCAGAUACUGGCGCUGAUGGGCGAGGGCACGUGCCCUGGACUCUAUGACCCAGGCGAUUCUGUGGCCAUCAUCCAGGCCCUGCUGCAGGAGAACCAGAGCAUCAAGCGCACCAUGCGGGAUGACCUCGUUCUGCAGAAGUUCUUCCAGUUUGUGCGCUCCAACUUGCACGUGUUGCUGCUCUUCGGUGGUCCCGGUUCCUUGGCCCUCCCCCCCCUCACAGCCACAGCACUGGCCCAGUCGCUCUGCAGUUUGGAGGUAUAUCGGAACUGGAGCCACGAAUCCCUGCUGCAGGUGGCCUCCAAACGCUUCAAGUACCACUUCAAGAAUCCCAUACGGCUCACUCGAGAGCCGCCGUCCCUGUGUGCCCAGAAGGACCUGCUCCACCAGACUGCUGUGGUGGCAGCGCAGAUACACUCCUCGGCGACCCAUUAUGCCGCUUCCCUUGCUGCCGGCCUGCCUCUUGUCAGCCUGAAGAGUUUUCGGGAUUUCCUCGACUCCUUUGUGCUGCUGCUGGAUAGCCUGCAGGAACAGAUCAGCAGGAGGACUGAUCGGAUGAAGGUGGCCUUGCAGAAGAUGGGGGAAGUGAGCAGGAAGCAGCAAGAACACACCCGGGAUGUUCGUGUCCUGCAGCAGAAGCUGAUCAGGAUUAAAGAGAUUGGUUUGUUUGAUCACGGAUGUCCAGGAAGUUGAAACUACAUCAGAGGAUGUGAGGUGCCAUUCGUCAUCUGCUCAGCAUUUGAGUGAUAGUGCAGGUGCCUCCACAAGAAAGAUUGACUGACCUGUCCUUGAUGUUGUUCACAGUCCAAAGAAAAAUGGGACCUGGAUUGUUGUUUUGAACUUGAAGCUGUUGAACUGGAUGCUCAAAAUGGAGAUGCUGGCUUCCACUGUAGAGGACAUUUAUUGGUGUUGACAGACCUGUUUUGUGCUUAUCUUCACAUGCCCAUCAGACCAGAGCACAACAGGUUUCUCAGGUUCAUCUAUAGGAAGGACAAAUUUCAGUCAAAGGCUUUCCCAUUUGGCCCUGGGUCACUCCGAGAUUAUGGUGGCUCAUGCCUGUCUAUUCUCACCUAGAUGUUUUGCUAAUCAGACCUUCCUCUUUGGGGAGAGCAAACAGGAACAUAGAUCUCCCCAUCCCCGCUUUAGUAAAUCGAGAGAAGAGCUCUCUCAGUAAAGGAAUUUACAGCUGACCUUGGAGAUGGUAUGGAGGAGCCCUUAAGGAGGAACUUGGACAAGAGAUUACACAGUUCAGAGACUGAAGCCAUCAUGAAAAAAACUCAAAAUAACUCUGCCUUGAUUUUGUUUAGCAUAAGAUGGAUCAGACAGAAACUUGGAGUGGCUUUCAGCCUUCUGUCAUGUUACUCUACCACAAUAAAAUAGCAUCGCUGGAAUCCCUGUGAUGUCUCUUCCUUGACCUGGUCCACCCCAAAGGGCUGACGCCAGUCUCUAAAGCAUCAUUAUUCUCUCAGAGAAGCAUUGAAUCUUGCUUUUAGAUCUUUAAGAUGUUGGCAGAUCCUCAGGGUGCCCUGCUGUUCACAGAACAAGUUGCCAUGGCAUUGCUACAUCAACAGCAAGUGGACAUACAGAUAAUGAACCUACACAAUGCUGUGGUACAACUAACAUGGAAGUUGGGGCAAGGCUUGCCUCAGCCAGGAGCAGCUCCACAACUUGUGGCCCAACCGAUACUGCUUUAUUGUCAUGGAAGUCUACUGGAGCAGAGGCGUUUGUUUGGAGGGGGCAAUUUCCAACCUUCACAACCCAGAGCGAAUUGGUUAUGGUGGGUUGGCCAGCAAAAUUUCCUACAAAUUGCCCCAAGAUUGAUUUUAUUCUUGGUCUUCUGUAAGAAGGGACUACCCAAUAGGCUGUGCCCCUCAUUUAGGGCAAAGAUCAACUGUUGGAUAAUUACAGAAUUUGUGCAAAGAAGUAGAGCUGCUUUUGAUGAUUUAGGAAGGAUAGGAACAGCAAAUCAGGAGAUUUGCAAGCUAAAGCAUUGAAAUCUCUGAGGUUGUGAAUAUAUAGCUGAUAUUCAGUUAUAUGCCAAAGAUGUGGGCCAGAAUAAUCUUGCUCUGAUUGGCCAGUUUCAGGAAGGACUUGCUGAACUAAAAGAUGAACUGGGAAAACAAAGCACAUCUGGGGGAAUGGUUCCAACACUGUGUACUAAUUGAUGGGCAGCUGGAAGAGUUGAAGCAAGGAGGAAAUAAUAACUGGAGGAGGUUUUACAGCCUCUCUUUGCUCCUUCCUCACCCCCCUCCACAGCCUCCUUAGACUCCAGCACUAGAAAACCCAAGCAAAUAGAAGCAAUGAGAUGCCUGUAGAAGAUCAGCAAAGAAAUAGAGAGAGACCUUGGUAUAUGUUUUUAUGGUGGAGCCCCAGGACACCUAGCCAAGUCUUGCACAAUUAAGGUCUAGCUCAGUAACAAAGUGGACCACGUAGCAAAUUGCUCCAGGAGACUUUGCUGGCCUCCGCUCCCAAGAGGUCAGCAGGAUGGUCUUCAGACAAUUAAGAAGUGCUCAGAUAGCCGACAACAGGCAAGUGCAGUGUACUAUCCCUGUUGCUUUUCACCCCU